AUGGCAUCUGCCAGGAAAACAAUUGAGGUUCCCUCAAUGCCAGCAGGGCAGGCACCGCGGUCCAAGAAACGGCCCCCGCCGCCGCCUUAUUACCUUCCACUGAAUAUAACGCUCUAUGUGUUCCUCAUCUCCAAUGCAAUUGCUGCUUUCCUUGCGCCCAUUCAGGACUGUGACGAAGUUUUCAACUUUUGGGAACCUACACAUUAUCUUGAUCAUGGAUACGGACUUCAGACGUGGGAGUACUCGCCGGUGUAUUCAAUCCGGAGCUGGCUCUAUGUUACCAUUCAUGCCAUUGUCGGGAAAGCGGCCUCCCUUGCUCUGGUUACGAAAAGCUCCCAGUUCUAUGCGAUCCGAUUCUUUCUGGCCCUCAUCUGUGCUGCCUGUCAGACCCGUCUAUAUGCGGCAAUCUGUCGCACACUAAGCCCAAAGAUUGGCCUGUUCUUUCUUAUGAUCAUUGCGUUCAGUCCGGGCAUGUUUCACGCUUCCGCAUCAUUCCUCCCCUCCAGUUUUACUAUGUACAUGUCCAUGCUCGGCCUCACAGCCUUCUUGGAUUGGCGACGUCAGAAGAUUGCGCAAGGAAUUAUGUGGUUUGGCCUCGGUGCGAUUAUCGGCUGGCCUUUUGCCGGUGCUUUGAUCGUUCCACUUCUGCUCACAGAGGUUCUGGUCGGCUUUAUCGCGGGGUCCCUGGGGACGGUCGUCUCUGGCAUCUUUAACGGGGCCAUCAGAUGUCUGGCAAUCCUGGCUGCGGAAAUUGCUGUGGACUACGCUUUCCUCCGAAAGUUUGCUGUUGUGCCUUGGAAUAUCGUCGCCUACAACAUCUUUGGGGGAGAGGGCAAGGGUCCAGAUAUCUUCGGUACAGAGCCUUGGACAUUCUACAUAAGAAACCUACUAUUGAAUUUCAACAUCUGGUUCAUACUUGCGAUGUCUGCGGCACCUUUACUACUUCUCCAGGCCAUAUUCCGACCCCAAGCGACCAAGAAGGAGGUUCCGCUACGAACCUUGGCAGUCAUCGCGCCAUUUUAUAUGUGGUUUGCGAUCUUUACCGCUCAGCCUCACAAAGAAGAAAGGUUCAUGUAUCCGGCGUACCCUUUUCUUGCUCUCAAUGCGGCGAUCGCAAUCCAUAUAAUCCUAUCCUACGUUGGGUCUAAGGGCUCUAAAGGGGCCAAUGGGACCUUGUUAGCCCAAGCCAAGCUUACCAUCGUGACGCUUAUUGUUCUUGCCGCUAUCAAUGCUGGGUUGCUGCGGACUGUCGGUAUGAUUACCGCUUACAACGCCCCUCUAAAGGUGUUCGAACCGCUGGAGCGGUUGGACAUUCCCCACACGGGCGACUCGGUAUGCUUUGGUAAAGAGUGGUACCGAUUUCCGUCUUCGUUCUUCCUCCCUGAUGGCAUGCGGGCCAAGUUUAUCCGCAGCGAAUUCCGGGGGUUGCUCCCUGGGGAGUUCCCCGAUGCCACGGAUUAUCCUGCUCUUUUCGACGGUACAUCGCAGAUCCCCGAAGGCAUGAACGACUUGAAUCAGGAGGACGCAGGAAAAUACGUGGACAUCUCCCAAUGCUCAUUCAUGGUUGACUCGUACUUCCCAAGCCAUGAUGCAACCGAGCUUGAACCCGACUAUAUCCAUGACGAGUCACAGUGGGAGGUGAUGUCGUGCAAGCACUUCCUCGAUGCUUCGCAAACGGGCCUUAUAGGCCGACUUAUCUGGGUUCCUGAUCUGCCGGGGCUUCCGGAUCAAUUCCAGCGUAAAUGGGGGCAAUAUUGCCUCCUCCGGCGACGUCACAUGUACUAUCAAGCGGACUAUCCCACCAAUUAUCACUAUAGAAGACAACACAACAUGACAUUCACCAUCCUCCCAAGUACAAUCACCCAACACCACCUCUCCAACGUCACCGCCAUUUGCCUCCUCGCAACCCUAACCACCUAUCUCCUCCAUUCCCUCUGGAGGAAACACCACAUCUCAAAAUCCCCCGAGAGCGACCUAGAACAGAAGUCCCUGUCCCCCGCGUCAAAGUUCAAACAGCCUACCCGCAAACCGGGAGAAUGGAUUCCCUCCGACUUCAAACGACCCCCUGCUGCCCCAUAUCCAGACUGGGACGUGCAUACCACCGAGCCGAAGCCCUACCGACCUUUCAGAUACGGGCCUAAAUACUUCAUCACCAUGGGCCUGCGAAGCAUGAAAUGGGACGAAUGGAUCGAACUCGACAACCACUACCCACGCUAUCACGCCGAUAAAGCACGUCGGAUAAAAGAACGAGGAGCGAAAUGUUCCAAAACCGCUCCUGAAGCCAUGGACGCUGCCAUGGAGUUACUGGAGGAAUUAUCAACCUACCUCCCCGAACGCUACCCAACCCUCUUCCGCAAAACCCCAACGGGAAUAACCAACCUCCUCACCCAAGAAACCCUAACCACCGUGCCCCCCCUCCCAGAAGACCCCAUGCAAACCUGCGGCCGUCUCAUCCAAGAUGACCUAGCCCUAAUGCUCGAGCGCCCUGACGGCGAAUACUACCUCCUGGCCGGCUCCAUCCUCCUCGCCGGCUUCUGGCGUCUAGAAGACAAAUACGGGAUGCGGUUAUCAGACAUCCACACCUCGGGCUCAGUACCCGGCUACAAAGAAAAGCUAGAGAAGGGCAUGAUGAAUUUCUUCCGCCGGCUGCGGCCCGAGGACCCCGUUCUCCGGAAUAACUAUUUCAUCCAGGUGGAUGAGAGUCUACCCUGGUCGCAUAGUAUCGGGUCCGAGGAUGGUGAGACGGUGUCGUGGAAUACGGCGGAGAAGAACCGGGCGAUUGAGCAUCAUUUUUUCCGCUCGGAGAGGCAGAGUUUGAGGAGACUGCCGAGAUCCGGGGCUGUGGUAUUUACUAUUCGGACUUAUUUUGAGCCUAUUACAGAGGUGGUUAAGGAGCCGUAUGUGCCUGGUCGGUUGGCUUCGGCGAUUAGGAGUUGGGGCGAGGAUGUGGCGCGGUAUAAAGGGAGGGAGAAGUACGGGGAGGUUUUGUUGGAGUAUUUGGAUCGCAUGCAUGAGGUGCAGGUUGCGCAGGGGUUGGAGGUAGACAAGGAGGAGGAGGUUAGGAGUUAUCCGUUUUGA